UUUUGUUUACACUCUCAAUUUUUAUAGGAUAUUCUAAUCUUAUACGUUGGUUAUCCGAGAUUCGAAUACCUCUUAGCUAGAAUAGGUCUGGUAGAUGGUCUUACCUAUUCUAAAUCUUCGACUAUCUAUAAGACAAUCCUUAUUCGAAAUAGAAUACCCUUCGUACCUCCGGGUAUUCGAAGAUCGAGUUUGAAUAAAACGCCCCCUCCAUUCGAAUUCGAAUACCAGGUAUUCGAAUUUUUGCAUCAGCGUCAGUAAACGUUGCCAUCCAAGAGAUAUUUAUCAAUAAAAAUCAUUUUAAAAUACAGAAUACUGGAUAGAAAUCCAACAAAUAAUUCUUAGACACCGGGAUUUGAUUUAAUAUAACAGAUUUAGCAAUAUUGAAACAAUAAAUAUUUUUUGUCAAAUCUAAUUUGAACUAUGGCAAACAUCCAGCAUGCAAAAAAAGUUAAUGACGGUCGUCAGUGCAGACUAUUUUGACAGUUAUAUGAUUGAGGGCUUUAAUGGAAUCUAAAACUUGUAUCUCAACUUUAUCUGCAGAAGACCUGCUGUUGCAUCUCCUGUCGACUAGAAAACUGCCGGCUGGAAUUCCAGAAAAAUUGCUAGCUGCUGAUAUUGAUGGACAGUGCCUUCUCUGUUUAGAUGAAACAAAUGUUGAAGUACUUCAACUAACACUGGGACACAAGAUGAAACUGCUUAGUUUCAUAAAAACAAUCAAAAGUCAGCAGCCCCAAGAGCAAAAAAAGGAAUCUACUGGAAUUGUGGCUUGUGAUCCAACGAUAGAAUACGAACCAAUCGUCAACGAGAAUCAGAUACUUGAUAUCAUUGUGACGGACCAACCUUCAAAUAACAAUGUAUUUCGUCGAGCUUUUUAAGAUUAAUUUUUCAAAAAUGACAAACUUAGUUUUCCUUUCCGAAUUGAUCGAAAUGGUUGAGUCUAUUGCCACGACUUUCCGUCUGCUUUUUCGUUACGCGACGGACCUCACAGUCUAUUACCACGAAAUAGUUUUCUUGUCAAUAAACAACAGAUUGUCUAUUGCCA